AGGCAAGGUGGAAAUGGAUCCGACCAAUCAGAAUGUCUACGGGUGACGGGUCAGUUUACAGUCCGGGGAGAUUUCACCCCAAAACUUGGCUUAGCUUCUCGUCGGCUUGUGAAAACACCGUCGCGCCAAAAGGGAGAGAUGGGGACUUCUCCUUUUCAUCUUAGCGUCCCGAUGCGCGGCUGACUCCCUACGUUGGAUGCCUUCCCCAAUCUGCGUUCCUCCCGACUUUAUUUCAUCGCGGCUCACUCAAUUGCGGCCCACCCAGGACUUGACCUAAACUUGACGGAAGUCUGGAAAUGACGUUGCAGUCUUAAAAGCGGUGUUAGGAGGCUGACUCUUCAGCCUUGGCCUUUGCGAUGGAGAAAGACGAGAUAAUCACCGAUCUUCCAAUUCGCAAGGAUACCGGCUUCGAUGCGGUCCUUCAGGAUGCGGUGUACAAUCUAUCACUCCGCGCCGUCAAUCCAGUGGACGUCAAUGUGACCGAUCUGUCUCUCGAUAUCAAAAUAGCUCCCUCGAUAUGGGAGACAUCGCCAUCGCAACUCUGGCGUCGCCUGCACGGUCAGAGACCAGAAGGCACCUCGAAAAAGAUUCUGGAUGGUGUCAACGCGGCGAUGCCAAGUGGCAGCUUAACAGCUAUCAUCGGAAGCAGUGGAUCUGGCAAAACGUCUCUCCUCAACCUGAUGGCUGGUCGCAUGUCCCUGUCGCAGGCGAAGGUCACUGGCUGUACCACUUUCAAUGGAAUUGCCGAUAUCGACAGCGUUCGUAGCGCUUAUGUCAUGCAAGAGGAUGUUCUCAUCCCAACUUUGACUGUUCGCGAGACUCUGCGAUACUCGGCUGAUCUCCGCCUCCCACCACCGACAACCCAAGAAGAGCGCCAUGCCAUAGUGGAGCAGGUUAUCCUCGAACUUGGGCUAAAAGAGUGCGCCAACACCCGUAUUGGAACGACCGCGCAUAAAGGCUGCAGCGGAGGCGAGAAGCGACGCACGAGUAUCGGUGUGCAGUUGCUCGCCAAUCCAUCCGUACUUUUUUGCGAUGAGCCGACAACUGGUCUCGACGCAACCAGUGCUUUUCAGAUCAUCCGAACGUUGAAGCGACUCGCCCAAGAUGGCCGGACGGUCGUGGUGUCUAUUCAUGCGCCUCGAUCUGAGAUCUGGAGUCUGUUUGAUAAUGUGAUUCUUCUGGCUCGCGGAUCUGCAUUGUAUAGUGGCCCGGUGAGCGAGUCGCUGGAGCACUUUGAACAAUGUGGUUAUGUUUUGCCUUCUUUCGUCAACCCAGCCGAGUUUCUCAUUGACUUGGCUGCCAUCGAUAAUCGGACCGAGGAGUUAGAAGCAGCGUCUCACGUCCGCGUUGAGAACCUCCGCCAGGCAUGGCAAUACCGUCCCAAACCAUGUUCAAAUAAUGGCGAGAAGAAGUCACUAGCAAAGCCCGCUCUAGAAGGCGUGGAUACCGGUGCCAUGAAAAAGGUGUCAUUUCGCCGCCAGCUCCAUGUGCUCACCUCGAGAACCUUCAUAACGACUAUUCGGGACCCAAUGGGUGUCGCUGGCAGUCUUCUCGAAGCAGUCGGCAUGGCUGUAAUCAAUGGCUGGAUCUUCCUACAGCUCGACGAGAGUCUUGCUGGCAUCCGUUCACGACAGGGUAGCCUGUAUACAGCUAGCAGUCUGAACGGAUAUCUGAUCCUGCUAUACGAGACUUAUCGCCUCACAAUUGACAUUCGUCUUUUUGACCGAGAACGCAACGAAGGCGUGGUUGGUGUUCCGGCGUUUUUGCUGAGUAGACGAGUUGCUCGUUUUCCUUUGGAAGAUCUCCCCGUGCCCCUACUUUUCUCCAUCAUCUAUUACUUCAUGGUGGGUUAUCGACUCGACGCAGGACAAUUUUUCAUCUUCUUCACUCUGACCUUGCUCACGCAUUACAUCGCGGUGACAUUCGCAGCGGUAUCUAUUGGUGUGGCCAGAAGUUUCCCGGGGGCGAGUCUUGUUGGAAACAUGUGUUUCACGCUGCAGUCCUUUGCUUGCGGAUACUUUGUUCAGUCUCAGCAGAUUCCCGUGUAUGUCCGGUGGUUGAAAUGGUGCGCUUACACUUUCUACAUUUUCGGAGCGCUGUGCGCGAACGAGUUCAUCGGCACUGGAGAUUCAAAGAUUGGACAUUUUUACGACUGUCCAUACUCUGACGACCCGCUUGACCCGGCCUGCAAAGAAUAUACGGGGCGAUACAUAAUGAAUAGUCUCGGCAUGCCGUCUAAUUGGAUUUGGCGACCGAUUGUGAUCCUCAUCGCGUUUACUUUUGGUCACUAUCUGCUUGCGAGUUUGCUUCUGCAGUACAAUCGCUUUGCGAUUGAUAUUGCGCAGGCGCGAAAAUCAGAAGGUGAUCCAUCAGCGAAAAAGGCAAAGAUUACGAUUCGUCCUACCGAGGAGGCUCGCCGAGUGGCCAUCUCGUUAGACAAAUACGCCCUGGAGAUUCGAAAGCGACGACUGCCAUGGCAGCGUAAGCAGAAACUCCAAAUCUUGCAGCCGAUCACUGCAGAGUUUCAACCCGGAGAGUUAAACAUUAUCAUGGGCCCAUCGGGCAGUGGCAAGACAUCAUUGCUUAACUCAAUUGCUCGUAGGCUGCAUGGCUCGGCUAGCACACAGUAUCGUGUCACAGGGCAAAUGCUGUACAAUGGGGCCGUGCCUUCCGAAAAUGUGAUUCGCUCGGUGACAUCGUUUGUAACCCAAGAUGACGAUGCUCUCAUGCCUUCGCUAACCGUACGUGAGAGCCUGCGGUUCGCAGCGGGCUUGCGGCUGCCAACAUGGAUGACGCGCGAAGAGAAGAACCGCCGAGCCGAAGAGAUUCUUUUCAAGAUGGGCCUUAAGGAGUGCGCCGAUAAUCUCAUCGGUAGCGAGCUGAUCAAGGGUAUCAGUGGAGGCGAGAAACGCCGAGUCACCAUUGCCAUUCAGAUCCUCACAGACCCCAAGGUGCUUCUGCUCGAUGAGCCCACGUCCGGUCUCGAUGCUUUCACCGCGAUGUCCAUUAUCGAAGUGCUGCAGGGCCUUGCAGCCGAGGGCCGCACGCUCAUCAUGACCAUUCACCAGUCGCGAUCAGACCUGUUCGGCCACUUCUCCCAGGUUUUGCUUCUGGCUCGUGGCGGCUACCCCGUAUACGCCGGCCGGGGACAACAGAUGCUCCCGCAUUUCGAAAACUUGGGCCACGAGUGUCCUAAGACAACCAAUCCGGCAGACUUUGUGCUCGAUCUGAUCACGGUCGAUCUUCAACAGGAGGACCGAGAGGCCAUCACCCGCGAGCGCGUCCAUAAGCUUAUUUCUCACUGGACCGAUGCAACACCGCAACUGGGUCGAACGUCGUCUCAGAUUGCGACUCCGGCGGAGUUGGGUAGUCUGCGACGACAGAUGUUGCCCUUUCGUGUGACAUUCCCGCUUGUGUUACACCGAUCCUUCCUCAACUUCUGGCGCCAGCCACCACUGGUGAUGGCCCGGUCGAUGCAGAUCGUCGGCAUUGCCAUAAUUAUGGCGUUGUUCUUUGCGCCGUUGAAAAAUGAUUAUGCGGCGGUGCAAUCUCGCAUGGGCUUUAUCCAGGAGUUUGCCGCUCUAUACUUUGUGGGGAUGCUGCAAAAUAUUGCAAUCUACCCGAAUGAACGGGACGUCUUCUAUCGCGAAGAAGCCGACAACUGUUAUUCUGCCGAAACGUUCAUUCUGGCCUACACGACCAUCGAGUUCCCCUUCGAGGUCAUUUCAUCACUUGUCUUUGGCGUAUUGGCCGCGUUUGCCGAUAACCUCCAACGCAGCGCGCAAAUGUUCCUCAUCAGUGCCUUCAACUGCUUCUGCAUCAUCAGCUGCGGCGAGUCCGUGGGCAUCAUGUUCUGCACGCUGUUCUCGCACGUUGGUUUCGCCGUCAACGUUACCUCUAUUCUCCUAUCGAUCUCGACUAUCCUCGGAGGCGUGAUGAGCCUCAACGUCAAUGACGUUCUCCAGGGUCUGAAUCACCUCUCGCCGAUCAAGUAUGCCAUUGCCAACUUGGCGCCGUACUCGAUGCACGGACAGAGGUUUGACUGUACCCCCUCACAGCAGCUGGCGGAUGGCAGUUGUCCUAUCAACACGGGCGAGGAGGUGCUCGCGUUGUAUAAUUUGGAUAAAAAUGGACCCAUGAAUGUGAUGGCUCUCGGGGUGUGUACAAUCAUCUAUCGCUUGGUCGCAUAUGCAUUUCUCAAGGUGAUGCGGUCGCAUCGUAUGAUGGAGCGCUGGCGUGAGUGGCGGCAGUCGAGACAGUUGGCUUGACUUUCUUCAAUUAUCCUAGUUUAUACCCAUUGCUCAUAGUGAAGCGUGCUUCAUCGAACCUCAAUCUCGAUACCACUCUUACGUAUAUCUGUGCAUUGUCUUCGUAUUUCUUUUGUGCUUAUUUACUUUCAUGUGAACGAGGCCAAUUACACGGAUAGCACCUUGAAGUCACCAAUAUCUCGGAUUUCUCUUAAUAUCUGUGUAUUCGAUCUCUUUUUUCUCGUCGGGAGGCCCCCUCGGGAUGUAAACUCGGGCUUUUGGCAGAUGGCCACCACAAGGAACCACGCCCACAUUCCGAUCGGUUACUAUCAGUGCGCUUCCCAAACGUGAGCAAAAAUCCAAUCAGCGACCGGGUGAUUUUACUUCAAGACUCAAUUCUCCAGAAUCCAGUCGGGAGUGUUGGCAUCGUGUAGCGAGUGCCUCUUGUCCGGCCGGCGUCUCUGACGAUCCCCAGCCUGUCCAAUACAUAAGCAGCACUAUCUUAGUGCUACCAUCACCUGAUCCUUCUCUAAAUCCCAAUUUCCAGUCCAAAUAGAGUCGAUAAAGUUUCGCGGAAAGGGUGUUCUCGACCCUUCUAGUGCCGGGCCCAAAAGUGACCGAGUGCUUGGCAGAUCUUCAACGAGAAGCAAGUCGGAAAGAAUGACCGGCAGAAGUCCUUUCCUGAGUUUUCCCAAAAGUGCCGACCUUUCUGGUUGGACCCAAUCAAUCAAUUUCUUUUUGAUUGCUGUGACAAAGCCCAAUGUAGUCUGAUUGGCGGAGCCAGCCAGGCAAAGUAAUGCGCAGAACGGUUCGCCCAAAUUUUCAACACCAUCACACCCGAACAAUCAGACCGAAUCCCAUGUCCCUCAUUUGGCGAGCCACGAUUCGGUGUAGUGUGGUUUGAACGGAACCAGACUUGCCACUCAGGAACGGAGAGGCCACCGUUGCUUCUGACUGGACCCGUACCUUUUUCCAAUUUUCUUCUUUCGUCUUGUGAUGGUGGGGCGGCGCACAAUCCAGAGAAACGAGUUCAGGUACCGGGGGGGGGGCACGGGUCCUCCUAUACUGUAUCAGGCACGAUGUCCACUCCAAGUAGCACUGUCCCAACCAACGGAGAACCCUCGCUCGCAAACACCGCGACUCGCCCACAGAAAGAGUUACGAACAGUGCUCUCCCGAAACUGGUCAGGAUCCCGGUAACCCUGGCUCGACAAUGAUUCGCUCGACCCUGGCCAGUGGAGUCUGCCCCACGUCGCCUUUUUCAGGCCCUUUGAGGGCUUUGAGCAAUGGCCAGCACACCAGGCUCAAGAAUUCGACUGGGGGGUACAAGAAGAAAACCAGAGUACAGUACUGUAGAACCGGGGGGCUCUGCGAAUGGCACUACAUGCAAAACGGGAUGGCGGAGUCUAACCCACCGGGUUGGAUGGCGCUAACGGUGGAUUCACGAAUCGGAGAGUGAGGAGGAUGGAAGAGGGGGUCCGUUAGGCUGGCGAUCGAAUCGGGGCUUUGUUCUGGUGGGCUGGCGGGGUGCCUGUCUAUCAGUUGGUCUAGAUUGAGUGAUCGCCCGAGAGGGGCAGGAUGGAUUCUUGUCCGAAAAUUUUGGGUGGGCUUUUGAGGUUUUUUUUUCCUCGUCGUUUUUGUUUCGCGCGCGGUUCCGGACACUCGAGGGCCAAUGGGAGGUUGGAAGAGUCAUCUUGGUCUUUGUUUCGUGGUUGAGGGGGUUUCGUUUCGUCUCUGAUAUCUUUGUUCAGGGGUUUGGACGGAUAGAGUUUACUCAUGCCUUUGUUCUCUUCGGAGUGUAAGAAUAGCCGUAGAUGAUGGAAGGCGUAGUCGAAAAUCGAGGUAUUACCAUUACCUGUACCAUUAUUUGAAAUGAAGAUGUGUCCAAAGUCAAUCAUGAAUGUAUCAUUCAAUCUCUAUAAGUCUAACUCAAAAAUCAUCCCCAAUAUAACUCCGAGAAGACUCCUCGAAUCUUCUCAUCUUCCUAAUCCGGGGGGUAUUCAAUGAAAGCGGGCAUCACAAUAAGAUUCAUCAUAGCUCGUAGACGACGUCCUGCCCCGGCGGGAAGUCAACCCGCCCAUGGGGAUAGAGAGGCAUGUCGAAUCAACCGAACAUGUUGGUCAAGAAACAAGGAGGCGAAUCACCAACCCGGAAGGGAGAUUUUAGAGGCGAGACACAGAAGAAGAAGAAGUAAAAAGACCCUUGAAGGAGUGCUCGGGUCAACCGGCAGGUGGAAAGAAAUGGGUUGCGUAGAAAAGGUAAAAUGGAAACGAACGUGGUUGCAACCAUUUACUGGCCGAUAGUCAGGGCCAGUCCGGUGUCGAUGGGGCAGCCGUGAGUGGCGUGGUCAUCGGUAGGAAUGAGAUAGGCAGCAGAGCAAGCAUCGUCACCAGCCUUGCAGACGGCAGAGGGGCAGGUCGAGGUCGAGUCGGUGGGCAGGACGGCGAAACCGUACUGGGUGAACUGCGAGUUGGAGCCCAUGUCGAUGCAAGAGAGAUCCCAGAAGAUGGUGUCGGUGGCCUGGGUGUACUCGAACUGCAGGACAUCAGACUGGUUGGGGUCGGUGGCCAGCUUGAUCGAGACACCGCCGCCAUUGGGGUUGGUCCUCCAGGCCUCGCUGUAGGUACCGCCGUUGGCAGACAGGACCUGCAUGGGGCCGACCUCGUUGGUGACAGACCAGGCGUAGAUGUCGUGGCUCAGGUUGUUGGUGAUCAGAACGGAGCCACCAGCGGGGACGGUGUUGUUGCGGCGGACCAUGCUGUGCAUGCCGGAGGGGAGGGCAGAGGCCAGAGCAGCAAAGGCAGCGGCAAUACCGAAAGUCUUGGUGAACAUCAUUUUGAAUGAGUGGUAGAAAAAGACUGUAGAUAGCUUUUUUUGGUUGUUGGGAUAGAGAGAGUAAGUCUGAUCGACAGAUCUAUAGAGAAUGCAAUCAAGAAUCGAUCUCGAAAUGAAAGGCAGGUACCCGGAGGGUAUGGAAAGAAAGUGGUCUUCGAAGAAGAAAGAAUGAGAGACUUGUUUGAAGAGAAAAGAAUGAAUGAGGGAAUGAGUAGGGCCUCUUUAUAACUUUCGACAGGGUCUUAUUCAAUCGCCCCGGAUAGGUACCGACUAGAAAAAAAAAACGUGAGCGGGUCGGCCAUGCAACGGUCAUCCAUGGGUCGAAUCGAGGAACAAGUGAACGAGUGGAUCCCAAGGCAAAAGGAAAGGAGUGGGGCAGGAGGAGACUAGAAAGCGAAUCAUAGUUGGACGAGACCAGUGACGAAGAGCCUGGCCUAAACGUCGCAUUUACGGGCUGAUUGUGUCAAUGGCCCUGGGUUGGAUUAGCCGGGGGUCCAGCUGGCUAGGGUAUGGCUGGCAAAUGGGAG